AUGUUUUAAGGGAAUGUGAAAGAAUCUUUGAGAUCAAUCGAUCCCAGACUCGUAAAUAUCCGUUCCAAAGUUGUGGACUCGUUUGAGUUGAUUGAUCAGGAUUAUGUUUUGGUAUCUGGUCCACUAGGGGAUACUUCAUCUGUAGCAAGUGUUAGUAAAGUGAGCCAAAAACCAUUUAAAUCAGGAAGCCCACCUGUACAUUCUAGGGUGAACAUUCAUUCAACACCUAGUGUACCUUUGCCCAUCAUUGGUGGGACCUGUAGUAAAAUCCGGUUGACCGGGAGCUUUGAAAGUCAAUGCUAUGCACCCUCUGGAACAUAUCAUGGAUCGGUUGAUAUAGUUGAUGCUUUAGAACAACCAUCAAUUGACAGCAUGGCAAUAAUCAAGUCAUUGCUAUCUCUGACUUGGUCAACGAGAAGAUGCAAAGCAAGCUAUGGAUCACAACUUGUGUCACACCCCAAAACCAAGAACAGCGGAAAUGUUCCGGGGUGGAGGACGUCAUAAGGGAAUGUGAAAGAAUCUUUGAGAUCAAUCGAUCCCAGACUCGUAAAUAUCCGUUCCAAAGUUGUGGACUCGUUUGAGUUGAUUGAUCAGGAUUAUGUUUUGGUAUCUGGUCCACUAGGGGAUACUUCAUCUGUAGCAAGUGUUAGUAAAGUGAGCCAAAAACCAUUUAAAUCAGGAAGCCCACCUGUACAUUCUAGGGUGAACAUUCAUUCAACACCUAGUGUACCUUUGCCCAUCAUUGGUGGGACCUGUAGUAAAAUCCGGUUGACCGGGAGCUUUGAAAGUCAAUGCUAUGCACCCUCUGGAACAUAUCAUGGAUCGGUUGAUAUAGUUGAUGCUUUAGAACAACCAUCAAUUGACAGCAUGGCAAUAAUCAAGUCAUUGCUAUCUCUGACUUGGUCAACGAGAAGAUGCAAAGCAAGCUAUGGAUCACAACUUGUGUCACACCCCAAAACCAAGAACAGCGGAAAUGUUCCGGGGUGGAGGACGUCAUUUGUGGACUCGUUUGAGUUGAUUUAUCAGGAUUAUGUUUUGGUAUCUGGUCCACUAGGGGAUACUUCAUCUGUAGCAAGUGUUAGUAAAGUGAGCCAAAAACCAUCUAAAUCAGGAAGCCCACCUGUACAUUCUAGGGUGAACAUUCAUUCAACACCUAGUGUACCUUUGCCCAUCAUUGGUGGGACCUGUAGUAAAAUCCGGUUGACCGGGAGCUUUGAAAGUCAAUGCUAUGCACCCUCUGGAACAUCUCAUGGAUCAGUUGAUAUAGUUGAUGCUUUAGAACAACCAUCAAUUGACAACAUGGCAAUAAUCAAGUUAUUGCUAUCUCUGACUUGGUCAACGAGAAGACUCAUAAAUAUCCGUUCCAAAGUUGUGGACUCGUUUGAGUUGAUUGAUCAGGAUUAUGUUUUGGUAUCUGGUCCACUAGGGGAUACUUCAUCUGUAGCAAGUGUUAGUAAAGUGAGCCAAAAACCAUCUAAAUCAGGAAGCCCACCUGUACAUUCUAGGGUGAACAUUCAUUCAACACCUAGUGUACCUUUGCCCAUCAUUGGUGGGACCUGUAGUAAAAUCCGGUUGACCGGGAGCUUUGAAAGUCAAUGUUAUGCACCCUCUGGAACAUUUCAUGGAUCGGUUGAUAUAGUUGAUGCUUUAGAACAACCAUCAAUUGACAGCAUGGCAAUAAUCAAGUCAUUGCUAUCUCUGACUUGGUCAACGAGAAGGUGUGUCGGAAAACAUUUUAUACUUUAA